GCAGUUAGCUCACAAGUCCAUAGAACAAGCAGGAGUAAAUCCCUAGCUGGCGGCCAGCCACUCUGCACCCCUGCGUCCCUGCUAGUGGGGAGAAGGGCGGCGGGGGGGAGCUGGGGGCCGCACCGCCCCUUCCCCGCCCUCGCCGCGGCGGCUAGAGGCGAGGCUGGAGCCGGGAGCCGGCAGCCGCCGUAUGGGUCCGGCACGGCCACCCUGCUGUGGGCUGCGGCUCCGGGCCCGGCCAGGGCCUGGGCUGGGGCUGCUGCUCCUGGCACUGUCCGGGGCGGCCGGGGGAAACGGGAAGGCGCCAUCAGCAGGUGGAAAGUGUAGCUUGCUGCAGGAGAUGGAUGUCAUCCAGAAACAAGAUGAAAACUGUUACUGCUAUGUGCAAAACAGAACCUUUCACUUACAGUACAUUUGGUCAACUCUUCAGGUGAAAGUUAACAGCUCAGAAACGUUCAGGUUUGAGCCUAUUUCAGAAAACAGCAACUGUCGCCAUGCAGAAACUGUUUUUGAGUUCGCUGCAUGUGCUGUUCAGAUCUUCUGGAGACCUGAGACAUCUACAGAAACUUCCCUAAGCAUCAAGCAAUAUGGAGAGGAUCUGUGUUUCAAAAUACAGCCGUUCAGAGCUGAGCCCUACACCAUCACUGUGAAACGAGAAAUGCUAGAUGGAAAGCUCUUGUUUUUGUUUGUAGCUGGAAUUUUUCUGUUCCAUUUUGCAAACAGCCUGAGCAGGAGUACCAAAUGCUUUUACCUUUCUGGAAUAAUCCUGGGUGUUCUAGCUCUGCUGGUCUUUGUCCUGUUGGCACUUAGAAGGUUCAUUCCAAGGCACAGUACCUUCUGGAUCUUAAUGAGUGGCUGCUGGAUGUUCUCCCUCUAUUUAAUUUACUGCUUCAAAGAGAAUACUCAGUGGUUGUGGUCUGAACACAGAGUCUACUUACUGGGGUAUUUUCUGGCUGUUGGAUUUGCCAGCUUUGCUGUUUGCUAUCAGCAUGGACCACUGACCACUGACCUGAGCAUAACCUUGUUCACGUGGACGCUCCAGCUGACAGCCUUUCUCCUGAUAUACUGUGGGGUCACCAUCCCGCAGGUCGCGUAUGCGGUAAUAGCAGUCAGCCUCUGUUCCAAAGGCCUGGGCUACCCCCUUGGCGCUGCCUGUCGCAUCGGCAGAAAAAUGAAAAACCACUUUCAAGCUAAAAAGUUGGAGUUUAAAUUCCUGACCGAAGAGGAGUAUCGAGAACAAGGUGAAACAGAAACCAUCAGAGCCUUGGAGGAGCUACGCUCGUUCUGCAGGAACCCUCACUUCCCAUCGUGGUUAGCUGUAUCCAAGCUGCAGUCCCCACACAGGUUUGCAGCUUUUGUCCUGGGAUCUUCUCACAUCUCACCUGCAGAAGCAAGGGCGCAUGAUGAGGAAUACAGCAUUUGGAGCUGCUUCCUUGAAGAGCAGCUCUUUGAGCCAAGGGCAGAAUUUGAGCAGGACAACCUAGCCAAUCCCAUUCAUGAAGGAGAUGAGGAGGAUGAAGAUGAAAUGCCUAAACAAACUGUAUUUCCAUAUGCUACUGAGUUGCUCUGAGCUUUGAGAAGUAAACAAAGGAGAGGGGAAAGACAUUCAUCCUGGAAAGGAAGGUUAUGGAGAACUGUGUGGUGGUUUCUUGUGGUUGCUGCUGGACAAACAAGGACUGCUGAAAAAAAACUUUCCUGUGUCACUGAUAUCUGCUGGUAAGAGCAACAGGAGACCAGAGGGGCUGCUCCAGUGAAGAUGAUUCUCCUGCUGUUAGUACUUCUAACUGGGGAAGUAAAUGCUGCCUAUCACCACAGCAAGCGUUGGCAGCAGCCUUCUCACCAGGAUGCUUUCUUUCCACAGACACUACAUCCAGAAAACAGAGAAUCUGUUUUGGCCUCUUUUCAUUGUCAAGUCCUCUCUGGUGAGCACUAAAGGGAGAAGUCACUAUCAGUACUCUACUUUUACUAAGUACCUUGAGUGUCAACAGUUGUGAUAAUGCUGAUACACCAUUUUUAUUGAUUGUGAGACUUUUCAGUAGAGAGGGAACACAGCUGAAUGAGGGUGGUUUGCUCUUCUGGCUAAGCUUGCUCUCUGUUAGCUUCACUUCGCCUCUCUAUGGUUGGCUGAAGCUCCUCUUACACUGCAGAACUCUGCCUGACUUUUCACCCUUUGCUUAUAUUCUGCUCUUGAUCUCUGCUCUUAGUUACAAUGCAACUGUUUCUUUCCAGGCCUAUUUCUUCACAUACUCUUCUCUACUUGUCCCUCUGCUGAACCUGUCUCCAUGCCUCGGUUUAUCCAUCUCUGACAACUACAGAUGAUUUAAGAGGGGAUUUCUGUCCCCAAAUGCAUUGUUACAUUUCAGUUUCACUAUCAUCUUACCUCAGACAGGUGCUUGGCCCAUUCCAGGCCUCUCAAUGAGCCAGAAGACAAGGCUGAGGCUGUUUCAGCUGCUUAGAAGAAAGGGAGCAAUGCUGUAACCAUGUAGUUGGGAAUGCAGAUAACCCUCACACAGCUCCUCGGAGUCCUCACUAGUUUGCUUAUUCAGUAGUGUGUGGCAAGUCAUUCUGGGCCAGACAAGAAGGGAAGGAUACCUGGUUCCUAUCAUUCCUUCUGCCCUCUUUGGGAUUUACCACAGGAGGGUGUGUGGGGAGGAGAAGAGCAGAAGAGGGAAAGAAGCUUAAAUAGGCAAAUGUCUCUCAGCUUAUGUAUUAGAGCUCUAGACUGUCACCUCAUCCACCUGCAGAGGUCAUUUCCUUUUGUCGUUUACACUGUCUCUGGACUCCUCUCUCUCCAGCUUGCUGUUUUCCUUUACUGUCAUCCAAACUGCAGAAAACAAAAGCUGAACAAUUCUGUCAUUACUUUUACAAACCCUCCCAGAGCUGCCCGUGGUGGGAAGCCUCUCUCUCUCCAGAAGGGCAUGUCCCACCAGGGUAUGCUUGCUCUCUCUAACAUGCCUAGCAUGCACUGCUGUAGUUUCUGGUUGUCUACUGCUGGACAAAGGAGUCUCUGAACAGAGCUAAGAAGCGCUGCUGCUUUACCGCAUUCCAAAAGCUUGUCUGUAUAAAAUGGGACUCAGAGUCAGUGCUUGAAAGCCUUGUAGGCUCCUUUCUCUUUUAUAUAUGGCUUCAACUUCAUUGUAGAAUGAACUGUUCCAUUUUACAGCCAGGAGACACUUCACACCGUUCAGUGAUGUAAUUCAUAAAAACAUAUGCAGAAGCUAUAGCACGUGUAGCAGAGAAGCCUUGUCAAGGAGGUGAGCCAAAAUACACUCCUGGUUAACUCCACACUGUUCAGACACAGAGCAAGAGUUCUGUUCAGGGGGGCCACUGGCAGUAAGCCUCUGAGAGAGGCUGCUGCUACCAGAGUCACAGUUAAAUGGCAUCCACCCUCUGGAAGUCAGGCUUGGCUUGCAGGGUUAUGUCACUAGCAAAAAGCAGUUGUGAAAAUCAAGGAAAGCCUCAGUCUCUCUGGUGGUUUGGGAGAAGGAUGGAAAUUCCCUAUCCCAAACAGUGCUCUUCGUAGACUGAAGAGUAAAUACUGGAACAGGCUGCCCAGGGGUGUGAUUGAGGCCCAGUCCCUGGAGACAUUCAAGAUGAGGCUUGAUGUGGCCCAGAGCAGCCAAAUCUACUUGGAGGUGGUCCUUGCUGACUGUAAGGGGUAGGGCAAGAUGACUUCUAAAGGUCCCUUGCAAUGCAAUGUGUGACCUAAGGCCUGUGUCUCUGUUGUGAAAAUGAAGUACUUAAAAUUGCGACAGAGGAGUUAAAAAAGGCUACUUGAAAUGAUGCCUGAAAUGGGUUUUUGCAUGUUUUAAAACGCACAGGUUUUAUUCAGUGUACUUUGUAGCAAGCUAAGAUCUUCCAUCCAUCCAACUGGAGGCAAAGUUGGAGAAUCAGAUUUGUUCUAGCUUCAACCCAAUUUUUCUGGAUUCCUUCUCUUUACUGAGGCAGCAAUGAUGAUCCAGCCAUAAGUGAUAUGUAUUUAUAUACAGUAGUCUAUAUACAUGCAGAUAAUGUUUUACAUAAGCAAUGUACUAAUGGGAAAAUCCCUCCAAAUGCAGGCAAUUCCAGAUUUUGGACACUGUCCCUAUCCCUGAGUUCUUUAGAACAUCACCAAGCAAACUUACUUCAACAAAGGGAAAUACAUAUGUGUAUAUAUAUAUAAAAAUAAAUCAUCUCAGGUUUUAUGCUGUUGUAAAAUCAUUUGCCAGGGAUGGGUAAAUUCCUAUCCAAAAAGCAGAGCAGGAAGCUAAGUACAUCCAAGGCAGAAGGGCAGCAGUAUGACGAUGACUGCUUUAGCAGACAGCUGAUGCUGACCUUCAAUAUCCUCCCAGGCAUUUUCCAAAGCUGGGAGCAUUCUGUAAGCAAAGCCCUCCAAAAACAAGUGCUGACACUGAGCCCUCUGCCAGCACUGAGAUACUGGCACAGUGUUCUUCCUGUGACAGAUGAAGAGGUUGACUGACACACAUCUGCUAAGUACUGUCCAGUGUCCAGCCAGAAAAUCUGGGAACAGGGUCUGGAUGUUAAUCCGUUGCCUUAAUCUUUGCCUUUCUUCCCCAAGGAAGGAUGAGCCACAUCCAUUUUCUGUUUCAUGGUUUUUUAAGUUAGAAAUCCAUCGUUAUUUUGCAUUCAGGCACAGCACAUUUGAUAAACUUCUGUACUUGCAAGACUUUCAAAAAUAAAGUAUUUUUGAGCUA